UGGUGUGGUUUAUACAAAAUAUUAAUUAUAAAUAUUGUUGUGUUUUCUCUGUUAUUUCACCAUAGUUUCGUGGAGAUUUGAAAUCACAAGUCAGUUACUUGUGCUCAACACGUCCAAGCUUUGUUUCGUUUUAUUUCAUGCGUUAAAAGCCAGUAUAAAAGUAAGCAAAGGUUUAAAGUCAACUUUGUGAACAGUUCGUGAAAGAGGAAGUUGAGAUGGCAUCUGCUCAACAAGAGAGACUCUGGAUUCAAAGAUCUGUCAUACAUAGAGAGAAAUUUCAGAGGUUGCAAAGUAUGCCAUUAGGUGAUGCCUGCAAACAGAUUGGUGGGUAUAUUGUGUGUCGGCAAGAUCAAUUCAAAGUUGCUCAACCUAGUCGUGAUGGAACCUGUGUUUAUGUCGGAUUAAGAGUUAGUGAUGGUAAAGAAGUUGCAGUGAAAUGUAUGUUGGCGGACAUCUGUGAUGAUGUGGCUGACAAUGAAACUAAGAUAUUCAAUAUGAUUAAGAUGGAAAAGUCACCUCAUGUUGUGAGAUAUCGUGAUUAUAUAAAGCAAGACCCAUUUAUAUACAUUAUCUUGGAACUUUGUGAGUACUCUCUAGCACAAUAUGUAAGAAGAAUCCCUGUUGGUAAUCUGCCAGUUUUGAAUCCACAAAAGAUGAUCAGGGAAAUACUAACUGGAUUAGAUGUACUGCACAAACAAGGACAUGAAGAUAAAGAGAUGAUAUUGCAUCGUGAUCUGAAGCCUGAUAAUGUUUUGGUUGAUGUUGAAGGGUGUAUUCGUUUAGCUGAUUUUGGUGUAAGCAAGAAGGUUGGUGAAGGACGGUCAACAAGCUAUACAUCAAGCAAAGGUAAUGCUGAAUGGCAGGCUGCAGAAUCCAUUCCCAUCGAUGGUGAGAAUCAACCCGUGGUGUACAAACGAAAAUCCGAUAUUCAAGUGGCAGGAAUGCUCGUCUAUUAUGUCUUAACAAAUGGAAGGCAUCCAUUUGGCGAUAUAAGUUAUGAAAGACCAAAUAAUAUAUAUCGUGGUAACCCAGUUUCUUUAGAGAGCAAUACUGCAAUUAGUGCUGUUGAAAAAGAUCUUGUUUCUUGGCUUAUCGAGAAAAACUUCGAGGAUCGUCCCUUUGCGUAUGAAGCUCUAAAGCACCCUUACUUGAUGUCGAUUGAAGAUCAGUUUCGUUUCUUGGUUGUCGUGGGAAAUGAACCUGAAGUGGCACGGAGUGGUGUACGUUCUGACGUAGGAAACAAAUUAAACAGCUACGCGGGGGAUUAUCCUAAUGGUUGGAGACAAAAGAUAGAUGCAAGAGUUAUAAACGCUAUGUCCAAAUUUGCGGAUCAAUAUAAUUCUAACGACAUAACCCGUUUGUUGAGAUUUCUUCGUAACGUGAAAGAUCACAUUUGCGACAAUAGGAUCCCCCCAGAUGUCCGACAAAUCGUCGGCGACCCAGCUCAUUAUUUCCUUGACAGCAAUCGAUUUGCUACGUUACCGAUGAUUGUGCACAGAGUAUUAAGAAAUCAGGCCAAACAAGUCGCUCGGAGUGGAGGCGAGGCAUGGAUAAGACGAAGUACACUACAGCCGUUCUUCUGAAUUUUUGAAUCGUAAAUUUAAUGCUUCUGAAUUUUGUGGUUUUUUGAGCUAUGAGCACGAAAUAGAGUUAGUUCAUUAGAUAAUAGAUUUGUAUAGUUUGGUAGGAUUAAGUAUAGCUAUACACUGGGACGCUAAAACGAUGCGAAGAAAGGAGGGGCGUUCAGGAAGAGCACUUCUGUAUUGACGUAUGGCGUAUUUUUAAAACAUAGGCAUUUCGCUUCGUUCAGAUGAUGAUUUUGGAAUCCGGGGAUUUCCCGGCCCAGGAUGCUUGUGUAAUUCUUGGAGUUCGUUUGCCCCAUUUUAAGAAUUAUCAGUUAAGGGAUUGCAUUGUGAUGCUUUAAAUUGAAAGGGCAUUCUUUGCCUCUUUUGCCUUACCUGUAAGAGGCAAAUGAUUAGAUUCCCCGCCUGCUGUCCUUCCCCCCAGUUUUGGCGUCCUUUGCUACAUAUAUUCAAUUGCUUUGAUUUUAGAAUUUAGUAAUGAUUUUAAUAAAUAACUUGAUUAAUUUUAUUGUUACUUUUACUUCAUUUUAUUCUAGUCAAUGUGUAUAUAUUAUCCAACAGACCGUGACUCGCUAACUUGGUAUUGUUUGCAUUUAGAUAUGCCAUGCUUGUUUUUUGGCCAUUUUUUUUAAACUUUUUGUUAACCUGGCAUUCUGGAUGCCACAGACACAGUAUGACGAUGUAAUUUUUUAAUAAUAAUAAAUCUUUAUCACAUU